UGACGAAUAGAUCGCCACAAGGCAUGAAGCAUAAAAGGACAGCCGCGAUCGGCGUUACAGCAACGGAACGCUUUUAGUAGCGCUGCGCAGAGUAGCACAAUCUUUUCUUUCUUUACUCGACAUUUCCCGUCCCAUCCCUAUUUCAAACCCCGCAGAUAAACACAGAGUCCCAGAAUGGAAAACACUACAGCAACCUCCAAAUCACCCAAGACCCCCCACGCCAGAGCCUUUGAAGAGUUUCGAUACGAAUGUGAAAAAUGCCAUGGACUCUUCACCAGCAAACAAGGCCGAGACAGGCAUCAAGCCACACAUGAAAACCACGACGCUGCCGAUUUAUUUGACUGUCCACUAUGUCAAAGGAAAUUUACUCGAAUCGGUGAGGUUCUCAUGCAUCUGGAAGGCAACCAGCGAAUCGCCUGUCCCAACCGAGAUCACCCAGAUCUGGAAAGAUUGAUUGGCACAUACAUUGCAAAACAACAACGACAUUACAAAUGGAGUCGAAAAACCUCGAAUGGACAAUCAGGCCCUCUACCUGUGGAUCGCAAUAUCCCAUCAUCAGCAAACACUCCACGUCCCGCAGGAUUCAAAAGCAAGUUGAUGAAAAGUAUUACAAAGCAAGUGCGCAAACAAAGACGAUAAUGCAAAGCAGGGACAAACAGGGGCGGGGUGGGCUGAGGUGUUUUCAAUUUUUUAUUUUGCAAGAGCAUAGAAGGUUUAGCACCGUGGAAAGGGAUUAUUUUUGAAAAGGACAUUGAUCAAUGUUGCAUUCGAGUAGAUACUUUUAUAUUUUUUCAUAAUCUUGAACAAUAUAUUGCAAGGCUUUUGUGUACCAA